UGUCACUGUGUAAGAGCGAGAGAAUAGCCAUCGAUUCCUUUGGAAUCUCUACCAAUAAAAAGCAUAGCAAGAGAGAGAAAUGUUACAAUAUUAAUCUGAUGAGCAUCAAGAAGAUAGACCCACAUGGAUGAUGAUGAUGAUGAUGGAUGGAUCUUAUUAUCGCCAUCGCUCAUCCCCUGUAGCAUUAUGUAUAUAUACCCGCUGAUUUCUUCGUGACUAAACACACCUCAUCCAACUACCUAUCUUCUUCUUCCUCAUACUAUCCUUGUCUGAUCUUUUUUUGCAUCAUUUACACCGAAAAAUCUCUCUCUGUUUCUUCACCACACAAAAAAAAAUGGAAGGCAAAGGACGUGUCGGGUCUUCUUCGUUCACUGCCGAACUCUUCGGCACCAAAGAGCCUCAGCCUCCGUCUUCUUCUGGAAUCUUCGCUUCCAUUUUCCCUCCUCCCUCCAAGACCGGAGCAAGAAACAGUCCAAGCUCCAACCAUGGCUUUUCAGGCCGGCGUACGGAAUCGGUAAACAUGGAGAGGAGGGAGAACAACCCACUGUUUCAGGAAGAUAGAGUUCAACCAUGUCAUCUAAGCUCAUCACUUUACUACGGUGGCCAAGACGUUUAUUCCCAUUCCACGAGUAACCAAACAUACCAUCCGAUGAAGAAGGAUCAUAAAGGAGAUGGGAAUUCACAGGACGCAUCCAGGGGCAACUGGUGGCAAGGUUCCCUUUAUUACUAGAGCCUCAUAUAUCCAGGAGGACAUCUCGAUCUCGGCCUCGGCCUCGUCUAAUUGUCUUGUAGUCUGAUCAAAAGCUUGUUACAUUUUCUAGCAGUACUGAUGUAAAGUUGGAUUUCACAAGUGAUCUUGACUUUCCUUUUGUGUUAAAAGAAUGGAAUAUGAAAUGGAUAAUGUAAAAAUAUGAUCUA